AUGGCGAGCUCGUCUUCUUCAGCAAACGAGCAGCCCAAAAUUAUUGAAGUGAUAGUUGAAGCUGGGAAAAAGGCCUUUGAUCCUAAUAUUGAUGCAGUCACUCGAGCGACAGGUGUUGAAGAGUACAACAAACUUAUCGAAAGCACUGAAACAUGGACUCUUCUGCCAGCUCUGAAUGCCCUCAUUAAACCCUCUAUUCUUCCACCAUGGCUACGGAAUCCCAUGCUCCAAACCUUGACUCUCAUCCCGCUUCGUCCGGAUGGUGUCCGCGGAACCAUGGAGUUUGUCUUUUCAGUGCAUCCUAGCAACGUUGGAAAGACCCCAGAAGCCGAUUCUGCACCGCAAAAGCAGGGAGCCAGCAUCACCCACGAGGCUGUUGCUGUCGCUACCCGGCUGUUGUCGUCGGUUCCGGCGACCAUGACUGCAGAUGCAUGGUUCUUGGGCAUUUCUGGGCAGCUCUUCAGUCUUAUAGAUGGGCAAGCUGGUCCAGAUAUGGCGAGGACUGCUGCCCAAAUUGUUGGAUAUGGGAUCCUCGGGAAGAAGCAAUAUGGAGCGCCUGGAUCUCCUGGAUGGAACGCAUUUGUUCAACCGCUCGUGCAAGACUUGAACCCGUCGUUGAAGACAACAUCAAGUCUUAGUUCAACAAUCAUCAAACAGGAGGAAGACAUUGUCGACCUCAGCAAGGACCGUGUUCUUGUCACCUCCCAGUCACUCAAGACAUCCCUCCAGCGACUCAACACUCUUGUGUUGUCCAACCCAUCUCCUGGUCUAUGUAGGCGUCUCCUUAGACUGGUACUGGUCCAAAUCUGGGUACUUGGGUCAUGGCCCAAGCCCUUACCGGUCACCGAGAACGAUUUCGUCAAGCCUGCUAGGACAUUGCUACAGGCUUACUUGAGGCUCUUUGGUACCGCCGACAAAGUCUCAUCCAUCUUUCUCAGUCUGUUACGACGAUGGAUUGAGACGGCAGGGAAGGAAACCGACGAGGUUAAAAUCGACAUCCACCCUGAAGGUGAGACGUCGGAAUCACCUGUCCAGGAUCUUGUUGAGGUCACUGUACUUCAAAAACUCAUGGACAAAGCACCCGAGAAGCUCGUCAGCCAUUUCGAUCAGCUGCUAGAGCUUAUCUGUCAGGUCCUCACCGCAGAUGGCCAAUCACGAUUAGCAGAUGAUCUCCUAGCGGUGGUACUCAGUCUCCUGAAUCUGGUCAUCACGGCACCAACGUUCCAGAAAUCUCACAUCAAACCGGAGGAGCUCAAGAUUGUCGAAGCUACCCUGGACAGAUUGUCUCGAGAAGAUAGGGCACAAGUGUCUCCUACUGCAAGAAACUUGGCAUUGCUACUCAAGUAUCGAGAUGAUGUGGAAGAAUUGGACGAGCCUACCUCAGCACCGAGCGCCCGCCAAAUUGAAGACCGCAGGACUUACAGCCUAGCGAUGAACUACAUCACGGGAGAUAGCCCGAUUCUGGACAUUCCCGCGGUCUCCGUGCUAUUGUCUAAUCUCCUCGAGAACAACGAAGACUACAUCAAUCUGCGAGUCAUCAAAGUAUACACUCAGCUUGCAAACAAGCACCCGAAGUCAGCGGUUCAGGAGCUUCUGGACCACUACCUGGAUGCCCAGGAAAAGACAUCAACGGAUGUUCGGCUACGAUUUGGUGAGGCACUACUUCAAGUGACCCAACGGCUUGGUGAGACUUUUGCAGGUGAUGUGGCCCAGCAAGUUUGCGAAACACUACUGUCCAUUGCUGGACGUCGUGGAUACCGGCCAAAGACAAUGGCGAAGCAGACUCGCGAUGAGAAGAAGAAAAUGAUGAAAAAGAAGAAGGACGAGGAUGACGAGGACGACAUGGAUAUGGAUGAAGAUCUAACCGAAGAAGAAAGGGCCAAUAAUGACAUCUUGGCGCAAAUCCUCCAAGGGUGGGAAAGCAAGAGGGGUAGCGAAGAUGUUCGAGUGCGAACUUCAGCGCUGUCCAUCUUUGGUGCCGCUCUCGAGACGAAUAUCGGUGGCAUAGGACCUACCUUGGUUUCUGCGAGUGUUGACCUAUGUGUCAACAUUCUCGCAAUGGAACGUGAGUUAGAGACGGCUAUCCUUAGAAGAGCAGCCAUUUUGAAUGUGCUGAGCUUUGUGAGAGCUCUGGACGCCGCCAAGGAGUCUGGGCGGAAACUUGGGUUCGGCCUCACCAACGAGAGUCGAGAGGACAUCUUGAGGACUCUGCAAUAUGUAGCAGCCACAGACGGGGACGGGCUGGUGAAGCAACAUGCCAACGACGUGAUCGAGAGCUUGGAAAACUGGCAGAUGGCAAGCAUGCUGCCAACGCAAAGUCAGCCAAGCGGCCCGGCGCUUACAAACUUGGCGGGCCUCCACGUCAACCCAAGCGGGACGCUGGUAGACGCAUCUGGGCGGCCUCGACCUAGGAUCGAGGAGGUCGAAUGA